GUCGUGACCGUCUUAUCAUGCCACGUGAUUUUUCGUCAUGAACAUAUCGACGCGUCUUUCUGGUCGUUAACAGACAUGCGUUCACUUUCAAAAUGGAUUGGAUGAAUUUAGUGUGGACGUACUCGCUGCUAUGCGUGGUUCCCGUAGUGUUGGGUGUAGAUGGCGACACCUGCAGGGACAUUGACGCCCAGGCUUGCGUCCUUAUGGCGCAAAGGAACCCAGCCAUUUGUCAAGACCAGGUUCUUAGUCAAACGGCAUGUCCUAAAUUCUGUAAACUUUGCCCACUGGAGUGUUACCAUUGCGAUGUAUCAGUUCGCGACUAUAUGACUUGUAACAUGACGACAACAUGUGACAGUAACCAGCAAUGCAUGCUACAGAAGAUGCAUUCUUCUCGAGACGGGCACGAUGAGUUUGUGAUGGGAUGCGCCAAUAUUCAGCUCUGUGACGGUGGUGGCCUUACGUUGACAUUUGGGCGCCGAGCGAUGCACGAGAGGAACGUGGCGGUCACUUGCUGCAAUACAGACAGGUGUAAUCUACCAUCAGAAUCCAUCACAGUUCCAAAUACCAUUACAGUGCCAAAUACCUUCACUCACAAACCAACACAACAUGUGCCAAGUUGUGUGAAAGACAUCGUGUUAAUUGUCGAAGAUUACGGAUCUCACAACGCUCUGGUGGAAAAUUCUGCGCCCUAUAUGGUUGCCUUUCUGAAGGAACUUGUAGCCCGCCUCCCGAUUGGCCAAACAGACAGCCUUCUGGAACUUACCCUUAUUGAUGGAGGCAUCCACAGCGUCUGGUCUCUUACUGAUCACAUGUCCAACGACAGCCUGCAAAGAGCUAUAAAUGGUAUACCAUUUCAACACAGGAAAGACAACCUUGAUAUCAGCAAUAUGGUAAAUUACCUCUCCAAUAAUGCAUUUGUUGGCGACAGACCGAAUGUACCAAAUGCAGUUGUCAUAUUUGUGGAUAACCGAGCACGACUUAAUACGUUAUCUGGUCACGUGAGCGGUUUGGGUUCCGGUGCGCUUCAUAAUGUACAACGAGCUAGCGGCGACGUCAUUAUUGUAAAUAUUGGACCUCGUGACAACAGCGCUGUUGCCCAGAUCUCAACGCUGGCCACUGACGCCCACCACGUGCUCUCGGUCGCGGGUUAUGACGCACUUUCCGGAAUAAAAGACACGCUUGUAAAUCUUAUUUGCAACUAAAUGCGAUAUCUUAUGCAUAGCUAUCAAUUAGUAUGCAUUAUAUAAAUAGAAUAAUCGCAAUUACAAACGUGCGUACUUUGAUAGUUACAAUAUUGCAAUACUUAUUUGAAAAACAAAACAAAACAAUAUUCUCAACGCAUCGCUCCUUUUUGUUGUUGGUUUAUAUACACCCUCUAUGAUAAUACGCUUGCCCGAAAAUGGUGUUUUUAAAAUAUUCUUUUAGUUCAAAAUAAAUAUACUUUUUUGCCA